GGCACUGGGCAAUGUGUGCAACCUGACCAUGGCAAUCUAAAACAAGCUAAUGGCAUUUCAGUGUCAGAAUUCUCCCAAGCCGGCCUCCACAGGCCCAUGUGCUGCACGCGAGAUAUGAACGGCCAGGAUGAGCUGUGACCUGUCGCUGGCCGAAGAGUCGCCAGUCUUCAGAUUCGCGAUGCCAGCGAUUCUCGUCAUGGCUGACAAUGAUCCGGCACUUUCACCUAAUCUGGCAGAUGGGUCAGGGGCAGUACUUCCCGCGGGGCUUGACAAAGGAAGUUGUGGCGGAAGCGUCACCUUUUGUUCUCAUUCAUUAUCUUGAGUCAACCCAAUUGAUUGGCGGUUUUUGAGACAGGAGCUUUAUAGUGGUG